CUCAAAGCAGCGUCAGCAGAGACCAGAGAGCAGGCUACAAUGGAGUCUCAGAACCCAACUUUCGAACCGUUCCGACUAUUCUCAUCAUCAGGGUCAGGGUUAUUCGACCAACCAGAGCCCCCUCUUCCUCCUCCACCUCCUUGCAUCGAAGUGCUUCCCUCUCAGAUAUCGUGGUCUGGGAAGUUCAAUGUGGAGCCAGUAGAAUUGGGCGGACUUACAUUGCUCAAGGGCCGAGUUAGUACUCAAGAGGUUUUUACGCUGUCCAACUCUGAUUUAGUACCCGGGAAAUAUGAAGGGGGACUAAAGCUAUGGGAAGGUUCACUUGAUUUAGUAAAAGCUCUUAGCUCUGAAGUUAAGAAUGGACAGCUAUCAUUCUCUGGUAAACGAGUAUUAGAGCUUGGCUGUGGUCAUGGACUUCCUGGUAUCUUUGCCUGCCUUGAGGGUGCAGCUGCUAUUCAUUUCCAGGACUUCAAUGCUGAGGUCCUGCAAUGUCUCACAAUACCCAAUGUAAAUGCAAAUGUUCCUAGCGUGCAAUCCCCAACAUUGCAAGAGAAAAAGUGUGAUGGGGGAGCAGAAAUUCGUUUUUUUUCUGGCGACUGGCGUGAAGUCAAUGGCCUUCUUCCCUAUGCACAAAAUACUGAGAAGGAUGUUAAUGUUAGUUCAGGGCAAAGUGCAGAUGCUCUCUAUGAUAUUAUUUUAAUGGCAGAGACAGUUUACUCGAUCUCCACUCUGCAACAUCUCUAUGAACUCAUAAAGAAGUGCAUCACUCGUCCUCAUGGUAUAGUGUACUUAGCAGCCAAGAAGCAUUAUUUUGGAGUAGGAGGGGGAACUCGAAGGUUCCUAUCAGUGGUGGAGAAAGAUGGUGUUCUGGUUUCUAGCAUGGUUGCUGAAGUUGCAGAUGGCUCGUCUAACGUCCGAGAGGUGUGGAAGCUUUCAUUUAAGUAGGCUAGGGGUUCAUGUCAAUCCAACACUACCCUUUUUUCUGUCUGUUGUCUUCACUCAUCUCCCCUAGUGGAAAAUCUGGCCACUAACCUCUGAUAUAUAGAUUUAAUUCAACAACUGUACUUCUCAGUGACAGAAUAAUGUAAAAGAUGUUUGGUUACUACCUAUUAUAUUUUGUUGUCUUAGCCUCACU